AUGGCUUCUCAAAUCGGAAAGUCCGCAUGGAAGGUAAUUCCCAUGUUCGAAUCGCGCUCAAUCGCUCGCACCGUUGAAUUCUACACCACGAAGCUCGGGUUCGAACUCGGCAGCGUCAAGCCUGAGGAUGGGACAUCCCAGCCCUUUUUCUGCUCCAUUUUCAUGGGAAAGAAGGCAGAGGCCAACUUUUAUUUCUCUAAAGUUGACAAUGAGGGCUUCAAGUCAUCAGAGGCGAUGGUUGCUCUGGGUACUUCGGAAUUUGAUGAAUACUACACGCAUUUGAAAGGGUUGGGAGACGUGGAAUUUCACGAGGACGUUGAGGACAAGCCAUGGGGCUUCAGACAAUUUACGAUCGGAGAUAGCGAUGGAAACAGGCUUACCUUUUUCAAAUUCCUGGAAGGGGGGAACCCGGGAGAGGAAUGA